AUGACUAUGCUAACCAGAACGUUGUACCAAGCUUUACGCACUCCCGCCUUGUAUAGAAAAGCUGCUUUGCCGCGCAUGGCGGCGCUUUACUCUUCCCAGGGCGGAGAGCCCGUUGUGAUCUCCGAGAAGGAUGAGGUUAGGGUCAGACUAGAGCCCAUCAAGCGUGCGGGCGAGACUCUAGAGAACAAGCGAGCGCGACUAGUUUACCAGUCUCGUAAAAGAGGGAUCUUGGAGACGGACCUGCUGUUGUCGAGGUUUGCAGCUAAAUACCUGAGCUCUAUGACCCCAGAGGAACUAGAAGAAUAUGACGCCCUUCUUGACGAGCUUGACUGGGAUAUUUACUACUGGGCUACUAAAAAUUAUGCAAUCACUCCCCUUCCGGAAAGGUUCAAGGAUUCCAAGCUUCUGGCAAAGCUGCAGGACUUCAGCGAAAACAAAAACAAGGAGAUCUUGAGAAUGCCCAACCUGCACUCUAACUGA